AUGACGGUAACAGCGCAGAAUCCCCCGGUAGAACCAACGUCUCCCGAGACAAGCAACAUCACAGCUCUAAUAGCCUCACAAUCCACCUCCCCAGCCCAUGAAGCCCGCCUCCAAAGCCGCUACAACCUGGUAACCAACACCUCCGGGCUCGCCCCAGGCUACCUCCAAGCCAACCUGCUCAUCCUCCCCUCCAAACACGCCAGCCACUUCCACGACCUCUGUCUCCGCAACCCCGUCUCCUGUCCCCUGCUGGGCAUCACCUCCCCCGGCAACCCGCACACCGUCCGCCCCGCAGCAUGCAUCCAGCACCCUGACUUCGACCUGCGCACCGACUUCCCCAUGUACCGCGUCUACAAGCACGGCAAGUACCUCGGCAGUCGACGCGACCUGCGCGAUGUCUGGACAGACGACUACGUCGGGUUCUUGAUUGGGUGUUCGUUUUCGUUCGAGGAUGCCCUCACCGACGCGGGCCUGCAGCCUCGUCACCAGAAGACUAAUACUAUCGUCGCUAUCUACCGGACGAAUAUCCCGCUGCUGCCGGCGGGCGUUUUUACUGGCGCGACUUGUAUCGUCUCGAUGAGGCCGUAUCGGCCGGAGGAUGUGGAGAGAGUCCGCGAUGUGACAAGGCCGUAUCUGGCGACGCAUGGGGAGCCGGUGGCUUGGGGAUGGGACGCGGUGCAGCAGCUCGGGAUUAGGGAUAUUCAUGCGCCUGAGUUUGGCCAGCCUCAGGUGUUUGAGGAUGGUGAGGUUCCUGUGUUUUGGGCCUGCGGUGUCACGCCGCAGAUGGCGGUUGAAUCGGCUGGGGAUAAGAUUGACGGACUUGUGUUUGCUCAUGAACCGGGACACAUGCUGGUCACGGAUUGGAAGACUGAGGAUUUGCAGAAGUUGGGGAGAGGGUCUUUCGACUAG